AUGGCUGGAGAUGCUAAGGAAUUGCUGCUCAAGAUAGCAUCAGUGCUUGGAGCAGAAAGGGAUGGAUGCAAUACAACGGAGGUGGAAACAAAGUACCGAGCAUUCUACGGCAAUCCUUUGGAGAUACCAUCAGAAUAUCCCUCGCUCGAAGCUUUUUUUGUCAGUGAAAUCGGGACCAUGUAUGUCGAAAAGAAGAACCAGAGAUGGUUUGCCGUAGAACGGAAGGAGAUUGCUCAUGUUAUAAAACUGGUCAAUAGCACUCAUACCAAGAAGAAGAAAAGGAAGCAGCUGUUCGGCGUUCCAUAUCAUGACCAUCGUGGAUACGGAUAUUGGCAGAGGAAACCAUUUUAUUUAAGAAAAUCACCGUGGGUCAGAAACCACUGCGAACCACAGAAGGUGGUAAAAGCGAAUAUUGCUGCUUCGGAAGUUAGGAACAAAAAUCAAGGAAGUAGAUUUUCUGUUGAUGACGAACUUUCCUUGAAUUUAUUUAGGACUGCGCUUAAGGAAAACGAGGGACGUUGUGUGCCCCAAGGUCCUUCAUUGGAGGAGGAAGAAGAGUUCAAUGCAAGAAGAAAUAAGUGCAUUGCUAACGAGUCUACUUCUUACUAUGUGAACCACUCGGCUCUUGCAAAAAGGAGUGCUUCUCUCAAGGUAAAUGAUUUGGCAGUCUCUGGUCCGUUCUUUCCGAAAAUAAGAAUUCUGAUAUUUUUAGGGGGUCAAAAGGUUUAUCAACUUACUGGAAAGAGCAGGGGGCGACGUGACGUGGAGUGA